AUGACUACCGCAUCUGUCGCCGGCGGAUACUGGACCUUCGAAAACUAUGGCCCCAUAACAACAACAUUCACCCCCGCGCCCAGCUGUACCGCCACGGAUCGACUCUCUCUCGCCUGGAUCAAUGAUGAUAGGACCCUACUCCAAUUCCAAGUCGGCUGUCCUACAUCAACGAGCGACUGGGACUGUAUGCCCCCUGGCACGACCACGUCGGCAACUUGGUACGACGAGAAAAAAUGGGUCGGUUCUGUCGGAUACUACUCACCGGGACUGUACUGUCCUUCCCGCUGGGAGACGAUUGGUAUGGCUGCGCGCGAUGACAAGUCUCUGAGUAUUUCGGGGUUCUUGACCACGUCGGAAAAAAAGAUGCCGUAUUACGAGGAGCCUGUGACACUUUUGGCGAGUUUGUUGGAGCCGAGUCAGACGCUGGCGCUUUGCUGUCCGAGCUCCAUGACACCAAAUGGUCUCGGCCAAUGUAUCGGUCAAGUCCCGGCCUACAAGCCCAGCGUCGGCUGCGAGGUCUACGUGGACAGUGACUACAGCUGGGAAAAGGUAACCAGGACACAGGUGUAUUCCGGCGUCACGGAGACAAACACCUACGAUGUGAACUCAUUUGUGAGCGCUACUACGUCGACUUCAUCGACGUCUUUUCCUGCUGGAGUCGAGCAUGUUUUGACCGCUAUGUCUUUUGCUCCUAUGAUUACUAUGGUGCAUCAUCGGUCUGACCUGGAGGCAGCUGGGGUUACGGGUGGAUCUACCAGUGCCAACUCUACUGGGACUGAGGCUGGAACUGGCACUGCUAGGUCUGAAGCUACGGGAACUGCUGCUUCUACGUCGAACGCUGCGUAUAGACUCGGUAGCCGAGCGUCUACCUUGGAUGGAUUUGGCGCAAUUAUCGGCGGUUUGGCUGUUGCGGGGGCACUAGGCGUGACUAUGAUUAUCCUGUAG